AUGCAUAAGGUGUUGGUUCCUAGCCAUUCUAGUGCUCAUCGCUUUGCCUGUUUUGCACUCUAUCGAGCGCUUCUGCGGCAAUGUUGUCCCACCAAUACCGCAUCAUGGCAGGGUGAGAGCAGGUCUCUCGUGAAGAAGAAUUUCCGGCGAUUUCAGAAACUGCAGAGCCCAUCCCAAACGACUAAUGCAUUGAAGGCAGGCUAUGAGGCCCUAAAUCUCCUCUCUUCUGCAUCCGAGGGCAACAGGCACGAUACGCAUAAGGUUACGACCCUUCUCGCUCAACACAAGUCACAAAAAGAAAAACAUGCCGCCAAGCAAAGGAAGUCUGGGUCCGCAAAGCCUGUCAAACCCAUGUCACCCAAGAAAGCUCGAAAAGCAGAGUCAAUACGCUUCCAGAAAGAGACUGCGCAGCGACAUCCAAAUGCUACAUCGGUUCUAUCCCGUCCUCGACCGCUAGGGUCGCUAGGGGACAAGAAACGGAAAGUCCCGGUACUUGUCAAUGCACGCGGCAUACCAUUCCUGCGCUUUAAGAAGCCACAGCCGAGAAACCUUAGCGACACGCUACGAAAGAAACUCCUCAACCGCUGGGUUUGGAUUCAGCGCCGUGAGAGGCUGCAACUUGAUAUAUUGUUCGCCAGGGACGAAGAUGAUUGGGAUCGCAUAACCAAGACCGCAGAGCGAUCUACCUGGGUUCAGCCUAUUCAAGAGUCCCUAGACGAUGUUUGUGACAAGGUUGCAAGUUGGGAUAUGAAAAACAAACAGAAUGCGGAGAGUAUGUGGGGCAUCGUGCUGGCUGAAAGAGCUCUGGCGGAAGAAGAAGCAAGCCAAAAGCAGAAAGAUGCAAGCCAACAGCAGGCAGAAGCAAACCAAAGGCAGCCGGAGCAGUGA